AUGAUGCCAGCAACCUGCCCUGGACCCUGUGUCAUGCUGGCUCUGGCGCUUCUCCUGGGAUGUGGCAUUGGUCUCUGCGUUGGCCAAAAUGAUACGGAGCCCAUUGUUUUAGAGGGGAAAUGUCUGGUGGUGUGUGACUCCAACCCUUCCUCGGACGGUGGGGUCACCUCCUCGCUUGGGAUAUCUGUCCGGUCUGGCAGCGCCAAAGUGGCUUUUUCGGCGGUAAGGGGGACAAAUCAUGAACCAUCGGAGAUGAGCAACACAUCAAUGACGAUCUACUUUGACCAGGUGUUAGUGAACAUUGGCAAUCAUUUCGACCUGAAAGCAAGUGUGUUUCAGGCACCUCGUAGAGGAAUUUACAGUUUCAGCUUUCAUGUGGUUAAGGUCUACAACAGACAAACUAUACAGGUAAAUCUGAUGCAGAACGAAUAUCCCGUCAUAUCAGCGUUCGCCGGGGAUCAGGAUGUUACGCGAGAGGCGGCAAGCAACGGAGUUCUACUCAUGGUGGAGCGCGAGGACCGAGUCUAUCUCAAGCUAGAAAGAGGGAAUCUCAUGGGCGGAUGGAAAUAUUCCACAUUUUCUGGAUUUUUAGUUUUUCCUCUAUAA